AUAAUAAAUCAGCUAAAGCUACUCUCUUUGUUCUUUCUCUCACUCGGUGGCGGCUCUCUAAAGCUUGGCCCUCUCUUCUCUCUCUCUUUAAAUUUUUUUCCUUCUUUGACAAAAACCCUAGUUUGGAAAUAGAUUAGAUUUGAUAGAUUUCUAUUUUCCUAUUUUGUUUUGGUAUAAUAUAAUAAUAAUAAUGGAGGGUUCAGCUGGGUUAGAACACAAACACUUGGAGUUCACUUUGGCGGCAGUUUCUGAGCUGUCUUCUCCAUCGGUUUCGUCUUCUUCUACGCCACUGAUUGCUCGGUUCAAUGUUGAUGGUGGAGUUGCUGAGCUUCGGUUUCACCGUGAUUCGGAAUUUACUGACGGCUUCAAUGUCGAUCUCGGAACCUCUCAGCUCUUCAAGUUGGGACCUGUUCAAUCGCUUUGGGUUUGGGAGAGUUCUGAUAUCAAUAAAGAGAAAUCAUUUUCGCGGGGAGUUGCAAUCCAAUUUAGAAACGAGGAGGAGAGCAGGGACUUCCAUUCUGCAUUUGAGCAAUGGCAGAAUGAAGAUGUUAUUCAGAGAACACAUUUGCCCAAUGGAGCCAUUUCUUCUUGUAAGAGCAAGUUUGAUAAUAAAAUCGAGCCAUCUUCAGCUAAAAUGUAUUUCCAUUAUUAUGGACAAUUGCUACAUCAGCAAAAUAUGUUACAAGAUUAUGUGAGGACAGGAACCUAUUAUGCUGCUGUAAUUGAGAACCGGGCAGAUUUUACAGAUUGUGUGGUGGUUGAUGUUGGUGCUGGCAGUGGUAUUUUGUCAUUAUUUGCUGCACAGGCUGGUGCAAAGCAUGUUUAUGCUGUUGAAGCUUCUGAAAUGGCAGAAUAUGCUCGAAAACUUAUUGCUGGAAACUCCACAUUAGGCCAACGGAUUACUGUAAUCAAAGGUAAAGUUGAGGAAGUUGAAUUGCCUCAGAAAGCGGAUAUUCUGAUCUCUGAACCAAUGGGCACCCUAUUAGUUAAUGAGAGAAUGUUGGAGUCCUACAUAAUUGCAAGGGAUCGGUUUCUUGUGCCUAAGGGGAAAAUGUUUCCAUCAAUUGGAAGGAUACAUAUGGCACCUUUCAGUGAUGAAUAUUUGUUUGUAGAAAUUGCAAAUAAGGCUCUUUUUUGGCAGCAACAAAACUACUAUGGUGUAGAUCUCACACCCUUAUAUGGGUCUGCAUUCCAGGGAUACUUCUCUCAGCCUGUGGUGGAUGCAUUUGAUCCAAGAUUAUUGGUGUCUCCUCCUAUUUUCCAUGUGCUUGACUUCAGUGAAAUAAAGGAAGAGGACUUGUAUGAAAUAGAUAUUCCAUUAAAAUUCAUAGCAUCUGUGGGGACUAGAGUGCAUGGGUUGGCCUGUUGGUUUGAUGUUCUUUUUAAUGGGAGUACUGUGCAAAGAUGGCUUACCACUGCCCCUGGUGCGCCUACAACCCACUGGUAUCAGAUACGAUGUGUUCUUUCUCAGCCAAUUUAUGUUAUGGCUGGGCAAGAAAUAACUGGCCGACUUCACAUGAUUGCCCAUAAUGCUCAAAGUUAUACCAUAUAUCUAACAUUGUCAGCUAAAAUGUGGGGCCCCGGGGCAGAACAAGGAGGAAUUCUUCAGACCUCGACAUGCAAACUUGAUCUCAAGGAGCCUUAUUACAGAAUGUCACAACCACAACCCUACACAAUGGCACAAGACCAGCAACCACAUCAUCUACUACAGACUCAGGAUAUACCAAUCACUGAAGAUUUAGAGGAACCUGAGUUGCUGCAGCAGCCAUCAGAAAAUUCGGGAGCUCAGCUCCAAUAAGUAACUGGCAAAAAAUAUUUGAAUUUUAGAGUUCACAGGGAUUCUAACGGACAUGUGUCUGUAACAUAAAUUUGGUUUUACCCUGGUAAAUGUCUAGGGUUUCGCCUGGUUACUUCUUACCUGGGUCAUUUGUUUCUGAUUCCAGUAAAUUGAAAUCGACGUGAUUCACUAUUGUUGUUUGAGUGGCUGUGUGGGAACUUGCACGAUUUUUAUCAUGAUUUAACCAGUUUAAUAAUCAA